UGUCACAAUCUGAUCUGUGGAUAUUAAUCUGGUCACAGCUGCUCACAGACCAGACAGCAAGGCCAGAGGGCCAGCACAGCAAGAUGUGGAGGAGAUUCGACCAUCAACCCAAGAUCAAAACAGGGGACAGACGUCAGGCGGGCCCGUUCAAGGCUCUGGGUUCAGCUUGGGAACCUGCCAUGCCGCACCCUCCAGAGCUGUCGGGAUUCCAGAGCUCCCCGGUGUUUGAGGACAUUAGGCAUCACAUCAGAGAGGUGGGGGCCCAGUUGGUAAAGAAAGUCAAUGCCAUCUUUCAGCUGGACAUCACCCAAGAUGGGAAGACCGCUUUGCAGUGGACCAUUGAUCUGAAGAAUGGCUCUGGAGAUAUGUAUCCAGGAUCAGCCCGGCUCCCAGCAGACACUGUCUUCACAAUACCAGAGCCUGUCUUUAUGGAGCUGGUCUUGGGCAAAAUGAACCCACAGAAGGCUUUCCUUGCCGGCAAGUUCAAAGUGAGCGGCAAAGUUCUGCUUGGCCAGAAGCUGGAAAAGGUUUUCAAGGACUGGGCUAAGUUUUAACCAUGCAGAAAUACCAAAGAAGAACCCUCUGGUUAUAAUGCCGAGUGGAAACCAUGCUUAAUCUGAAGAUUAAAGGAAAAAGUAUCCAAUAUUUUUACUCA